GGUGCGCUUAAAAGUCACAAAUGACCACAAGGCGUGCACGAUGAGAAAGGCUGUUUUUUGCUCACCCGUGUGUGAGAUUGGCUAGCAAGUUGCCUGAGUUAGUCUAUUUUCAUAUGUAGGCCUAUAUAUAUAUUAUUACUACCCCAAGUUCAUAGUAGAAUUCAAUUUCUCUACGACUUAUUAGCCUUUCUUCCAAGCACUCUCACUCAGUCGAGUCGCUGGCUUGCAGCCAUGGCAGGCAGGGGCCGUGGAGUGGCUGCCUUCACCUUCAACAUCGAGGCUCUGGGCAUCAGCAGAGGCAGCAUGCCAGAGACCAGGGUGGGGCCCAGUCCACUGUUUCCACAAACAGAUUUUAAGCCUGUGCCAUUGAAAGAUGGGGAGGAUGAUAACUAUAUGCUGGCAUUAAAACAGGAAAUGAGAGGAACAAUGCAACAAAGACCACACAACAUCAAGCCCCGAAACAAUAAAGCUGAGGUGGAGAGAUACACGGAGCGCUACCUCAAGAAAAUAAAAAUGGGAGAUGAAGAAUGGACUCCUGAUUGGAAUCUUUUCCCAAAAGAACUGAUGCCCCAAAAGAAGAAAACACGUUCAAAGACAAACACAAAGAAGAAAGCUGUCAAAGUAACACACAAAGAUGCAGAGGCAGUGCUCAGUAAAUUAGAUGAACUGGCAAAAAAAGAUGAUGGAACUACAGAAAACUCUGAUGAUGAAAAAGAAAAAAAGAAGGAAAAUGAAGAACUUGAAGAGGAGGAAUUGGAAGAGGAGGAUCUUGAAGAGGAAAAUGAUUACAUUGAAAGCUAUUUUGACAAUGGAGAGGACUUUGCUGCUGAUAGUGAUGACAACAUGGAUGGUGAAGCUACUUACUGACAAUUUCUAGUUCUCCCAUAUAAAUUUCAGGGUUAAAUCAGUUAGAUUUAAAGGAUCAAGUGUAGAAGAGGGAUUCUGAAAUCAUGCUCAAUAAAGCUUUAUAUUCUCA